UGGGUUAGGUUAAACUCGGGACCUUCUCGAAGAGGACCCAUUUAUUUUUUUUUUUUUCUUUCCAAAAUGGCAGCCUCCAGCCGCGCACAAGUGUUAGAUCUGUACCGGGCGAUGCUGAGAGAGAGCAAGUAUUUCAGCGCCUACAAUUACAGAACUUACGCUGUCAGGAGGAUAAGAGAAGCCUUCAGAGAAAAUAAGAAUGUAAAGGAUCCUGUAGAAAUUCAAGCCCUAGUGAAUAAAGCCAGAAGAGACCUUGGAAUAAUUCGUCGACAAGUGCACAUCGGCCAAAUGUAUUCGACUGACAAGCUUAUCAUUGAGAAUCAAGAGAAGCCUAGGACCUAG